UGGCUCGAGCUCCUCUGUGCUGUCAUUUGAACACAGCGACACAGCCAGACAGCAGCACAUGCUCAGCAGACACUGCUGCAAACCAGGAAACUGUGGGCAGGACAAAUGAAAGAGAAAAUGAAAGCAGCCGACACAAUGAUCCAGCUGAAUUUCAGGAUACGGUGACAAUUUCUAACCAUUCUAAAAUGCUAAAGUGAUCCAUCAAAAUCAUCAACACCAAAACACCAAAAACUUUCAUUAUGCAUCUCUUGCUUGUAAUCCUGCUCUUUCUGGAGGCACAGCUUUGUGUCCAGUCUUCUGACAGCAAUAGUCCUUCUGGUGAAAACCUGUCGACAAAUGGCCUUCCUUUUCCUUGGAGUAAAGUGCGCCUGCCAAACUACAUAGUGCCUGUUCAUUAUCAUCUUCUGAUUCAUCCCAAUCUCACCAGCCUGAGGUUCAAUGGAUCUGUGAAGAUAGAAAUUGAUGUUAAAAACAACACAAACUGGGUGGUGCUACACAGCAAGAACCUCAGGAUCUUCACCGCCACUGUUCUGGACGAGCACGAGGCCCAUCUGUCAGACAAAGUGCUCUCGGUGCUGGAAUAUCCUGCACAUGAACAGAUCGCCAUCUUCUCCCCAAAGAUUCUGACCUCUGGGGAAAAAUACUUUCUGUAUUUGGAAUUUGGUGCACCAUUAAGUGACGGCUUCUAUGGAUUUUAUAAGAGUACAUAUAAGACAAAAGAAGGAGAGACAAGGUUCCUGGCUUCCACCCACUUUGAGCCUACAUCUGCCCGAAUGGCAUUGCCAUGCUUCGAUGAGCCCAUUUUCAAAGCUAAUUACACUGUCAGAAUAAGAAGGGACCCGUCACAUAUAGCUUUGUCCAACAUGCCAUUAGAACAAACUGUGGAAAUUGGCAACGGUCUGUUUGAGGACCAGUUUGAAGUGAGUGUGAAGAUGAGCUCGUACCUGUUGGCUUUCAUUGUCUGUGACUUCAGAUCUGUCAGUGGGAUGACUGCAACCGGAAUUAAUAUUUCUAUUUAUGCAGUUCCAGAGAAAUGGCAUCAGACGCGCUAUGCUCUUGAGGCUGCUUUGAGGCUUUUGGAGUUUUAUGAACAAUAUUUCAACAUACUUUAUCCGCUGCCAAAACUGGAUCUGAUAGCGGUUCCAGAUUUCCAGGCAGGAGCUAUGGAAAACUGGGGCUUGACUACUUAUCGGGAGACGUCUCUUCUGUAUGACCCUGACAUCUCCUCAGCCUCCGAUAAGCUCUGGGUUACCAUGGUGAUAGGACAUGAGCUGGCCCAUCAGUGGUUUGGAAACCUGGUGACGAUGGAGUGGUGGAAUGACUUAUGGCUGAAUGAAGGCUUUGCCAGAUAUAUGGAAUUUGUCUCACUUGAGGCAGUAUAUCCAGAGCUUAAAGUUGAGGACCACUUCCUGGACACCUGUUUCGGAGCUAUUGGACGGGAUUCUUUAAAUUCUUCCAGGCCAAUUUCCAGUUUAGCUGAGAACCCUACUCAGAUAGAGGAAAUGUUUGAUACAGUGUCAUAUGACAAGGGAGCAUGUAUUCUCCAUAUGCUGAGGAAUUUCUUGACAAACGAAGGCUUUCAGAGCGGCAUAAUUCGGUACCUUCGUAGGUUCAGCUACAGCAAUGCCAGAAAUGAAGACCUGUGGGAUAGCCUUAUUAAAACAUGUUCAGAAGAGGAAUUUACAGCAGGAGAAUACUGUUACAGCAGUACACAAGCCACUAAAAAUGCGUAUCAUUUUGCUGGGGAGCAUAUAGACCUGAAGGAAAUGAUGUAUACGUGGACUCUACAAAAGGGCAUACCGCUGAUCACUGUGAAGUGGAAAGAAAGGAAACUGUAUAUUGGGCAAGAGCGCUUCUUAAAGAUAGUCCUGCCUGAUGAUCCCUCAUGGCAUUCACUUCAAGAAGGCUACCUGUGGCACAUCCCUUUGUCAUAUAAAACAAGCCACUCUGACUAUGAGAAGAAGCACAUACUGACCACAAAAUCAGAUGUGUUGACGCUGGAUGAGGAAGUUGACUGGGUGAAGCUCAACAGUGACAUGAAUGGAUAUUAUAUUAUCCAUUAUGAUGAGGAAGGCUGGAACGCCCUGACAGAGCUGCUGAGAGUAAACCAUACUGCUCUGAGCUUUAAGGACAGAGCCAGCCUCAUUCAUAACGCCUUCCAGCUGGUCACUGCAGGACGACUGUCACUAAACAGAGCUUUAGAUUUGAUCGGUUACUUGAAGUCUGAGACCCACAAUGUUCCUCUCCUGCAAGGGCUUGGCUAUCUACAAUCAUUCUACAAGCUGAUAGAGAAGAGAAACAUAGCAGACAUUACUCAUAAUCUGAAGACCUACAUUUUACAGUAUUUCAGAGAUGUGAUUGACAAGCAGUCAUGGAGCGAUGAUGGGAUGGUCUCAGACCGGAGACUGCGUGAAGAGGUUCUUUCCCUUGCAUGUGAUUUAGAUUAUCCACCUUGUUUGGAAAAGGCUAAGAAGCUCUAUAAUAGCUGGGUGGAAUCCAAUGGUACAAUCAGCUUACCCACUGAUGUGUCUGAGACGGUGUACAUGGUUGGAGCUCAGGAUGACAGCGGUUGGGCCUACCUUCUGGAAAAGUAUGGUCUCUCCAUGUGUGAGACAGAGAAAAGCAAAUUUCUCUCAGCUUUAGCAAGCAGCAAGGACUCUGAAAAACUAUCAAGAUUAUUACAGCUUGGAAUGGAUGGAACUCUAAUAAAAACACAAAAUUUACCCAGUCUCAUAUAUUUGGUGGCCAGAAAUCCAGUGGGUCAUUUUCUAGCAUGGGAUUUUGUGACGAAACAUUGGGAUGAACUAGUAGAAAAGUUUCCACUGGGAUCCUUUGGAAUCAGAGAGAUAAUUGUUGGCACUGUGACUCAGUUCUCAUCCACAGAGGAGUUGAGAGAGGUUGAGGAUUUCUUCAAGUCCAUCACAGAGCAGGUAUCUCAGCUGCGUGUCAUACAGGUGGCCACAGAAAACGUGGAGAAGAACAUUAUGUGGCUCUCCAGGAAUCUAGAGAGCAUGAGGACUUGGUUGCAGCAAAGACUCGACUAAAAUGUAAAAAGAAGGCCAACAUUUCAGCCAAGAAUUAUCCUAGUUUUUAUUAGUAUAAUGAUUUUUGGUUUAUUAAUCAUCAUCAGGUUCAGCUCAGAAACUCCAUUUGACUUGUCAAGUUUUCUGUUGAUAUUUUUUUAGAUAGUGUUUUAAUUAUUUUGGGUAACAGCUCACAUACUGUAAUGCAUGAUAUGUUUCUUCUUUGGUUUACUUAGAUAAAGAGGUUUAGAAACAUCUAUGCCAUUUCAAACCUCUAAUGGCUUUAUCUUGGUUUUUCUUUGCCUCUGACUGGUCUCUUGACAGCUGUGCCACAUUUUCUAACUAAUGUUGAUAGGACUGAUAGCACAAAUCAUACUUGAAGAUGCUGAACAUUAAUGAACUAACUAAAUAAGGUUUGGAAUAAAAAUAAAUAAAAUGGUUUAUACAAGCGAGGAUGCACCCGAGUCUAUAGCUUAAAAACAAAAAUGUCUCUUACGAAACAUGACAAUGACAGAAAAUUGAUUAAAAUGUAAUAUAAAUGGAUGUAUCAUGUAUCAUCUUGACCUUCACUAGUAUCUUUAAAUACUGCAAAGUAAGUAUCAACAAGAAUGAUUAGAUAAAAUAUUAUAAACUACUGAGUAAUUUGGAACCGAUUCAAAACAGUUUAGCAUCAUUCAUCUACCCGCAGAAAAUACAGUACAUCGCGACAAACUUACUUCAGAUCACCUUUGUUUGCUUUAUUAUUUAUCUGUCAAGCUCAAAAGACUGUUUAACACUGGUUAAAUAUCACAAGUUACAUGCAGACAUUAAUAAACCGAAAAAGAAAUUCAGCCAUCAUAAACCACUUCCCUUGCUAAAGAGAGUAAUUGUGAUGAUUAUGUGUAUGCCUGCUUAACCAUAUUUUGGGGACGAAUUUGUAGCCAGAACUAAGCUAAGGAAUGUCUCCAUUUAGAAAGACAAAGGGAUAGUUUUCAAAAAAAAAAAAAAAAAAAAAAAAAAACAAUGAAGGUGAAGGUGAAAUAUCCCUUUAACUUUAACUACAAUUGUGUUAGACUUGUACUGUCGCUAGGAGGCAAUAUUGCUUUGCUUCAGUUCAAUAUUCACUCAAGCCAACAAUGUCUAUAAACAAACAGAUAAAAAAAGAAUCAUUAAAAUAAAAGAGUAUUUAGAUAUUUUUUAUCGAAUUACAUUUUCUCUUUCAUUCCCAGAGUACUUCAACUUAGAAAAAAAGCAGUAUGCCUGAAUUAUAUCAACUGCAUUAAGCCAGUGCUCAAUGGUAAAUUGUUAAAAAAAGAAAAAAAAGUGUCCUUAAUAUUAAUUAAACCGCGUAGCAAACAAAGAAUUACUAACUAAAUGUACUUUUUUGUUACAUAUUUAUUAAACUGGUGAUAUGGUGGUUUAUCCCUCCAGUAUUGAAGCUCCUGAUUUUUUUCUAGGCCUACUGUUUCCACUGUAUAGUAUUCUACAAUAAACAGUAAACCGCU